UUCUCUCUCUCUCGCUGGCUCUCUCCUUUACUCUCUCUCGCUUGCUCGAUCUCUACCGACGCAUUAGUCCAGAAUCGCAGUAGCCUGAUCGCGGUCUGGUGCGUGCGCCUCCUGCUUCGGCGUCGCCGUCAACCGCCAUCGGCAUUCACGCUUUGAUCCAAUCUGCAGUACCCGGUGUUGCAUCUUUGGAGCGGCUGUCUUCCCUUCGGAUUUCCCUCUCGGCUUCUCUCUCGUCGCGUCAUUUCGGCUGUGUCAUUUCUGGUUCAGGUUCUGAGCAGGGAGCGAUUCGGUUUUCGCGUUCGAGUGCCCUAGCCACCUGGUGCGUCGGUCAUAUAUAAGUUGAGAUGGAGGAUAAGGUUACAUUGGAACUGGAGAAGAGUGGUGCUGCCGGAUUAUAUAUUCCUGGGAAGGAGAGAGUAGUCUUUAGACCCUCUGAGAGGAAAUCGUUGUUAGGGUUGGAUGCUCUUGCAAUUGCAAAGCGGGGAGGAUCUAAGGUUGAUGAUGGAUUUAAGGUUCCUAAAGAAAGAGUUACUUCUGUUGUUUCAUCUAUUGAUGAGGAAGAGAAAUCUGAGUUCUCAAGAUCAGAUGAAGAAGAAAGUGAUAUGGUUAAUAGUGCUCGCAAUACUAAUCGGAGGUAUCGCGAGACAACUGCAAGCAAAAAUUCUGAUCCAGAAAGUACUGUCUCUGGUGCAAAAAGUGAGACCCUUACCCCCAGAAAUCAUCGGUCAAGUGGUUCAAUACGUUCAGAAUUUUCAACUCUCACCUUUCAGAGUAGUAGGCGGAGUCCCCUGUUUGAUGAAGCCCACCAUCGCCGUGAGCGGCGGGAUUCCAAAGAUGAUGGAACUGAAAGGAGGUGGUCAAGACAUAGUACGGAUAGUGAAGACAGAUAUCAUGAAAGAGAAGUAAGAGAUCGAUAUCCCCAUAGUCACGGGGGAGAUUAUGGAAAGAAACGAAGUAGAUAUGAUGGCAGGAGGACACCUGGUAGAUCUGACUGGGAUGAUGGGAGAUGGGAAUGGCAAGACACGCCAAACCGGGAUGGUUACUCUAGCUCUAGAGGGCGCCAUCAACCUUCACCAUCACCGAUGUUCGUCGGGGCCUCACCUGAUGCCAGAUUAGUUUCACCUUGGUCGGGUGGUCAUACUCCCCAUUCUAGUGGUUCUGCUGCUUCUCCUUGGGAUCAUGUCUCUCCCUCACCUGUUCCAAUACGUGCUUCUGGAGCCUCGGUUAAAUCUUCGAGUUCUAGAUACAGUGGAAGGUCCCAUCAACUUGCAUUUUCUGCUGGAAAUUCAGAACUGAAUGAGGAUAGGGAAGCAGACAAUUUGGACUUGGCAGAUGAACAUAAGUAUGAGAUUUCUGAGAGUAUGCGUUUGGAGAUGGAGUACAAUGCAGACCGUGCAUGGUACGAUAGAGAAGAAGGUAGCACCGUGUUUGAUGGGGAUAGGUCGUCAGUUUUCCUUGGAGAUGAGGCCUCUUUUCAAAAGAAAGAGGCAGAUCUAGCAAAAAGACUGGUUCGAAGGGAUGGUACUAAGAUGACCCUUGCUCAGAGCAGAAAACGGUCACAGCUUACUGCUGAUAACGCUCAGUGGGAAGACCGACAACUCUUGAGAUCGGGAGCUGUUAGAGGUACAGAGGUGCAGACAGAAUUUGAUGAGGAGGAGGAGUGCAAGGUUAUUCUUCUUGUACAUGAUACAAAACCUCCUUUCUUGGAUGGAAGAGUAGUUUUUACUAAACAAGCUGAGCCUAUAAUGCCGCUCAAAGAUCCGACGUCAGAUAUGGCUAUAAUCUCACGAAAAGGUUCUGCUCUGGUCAGGGAGAUCCAUGAAAAACAGAGUAUGAAUAAAUCUCGCCAACGCUUUUGGGAGCUCGCUGGCUCAAAACUUGGAGAUAUUCUUGGUGUUGAGAAAUCAGAAGCGGAGAUUGAUGCAGAUACUGCUGUAGUGGGGGAACAAGGGGAGGUAGAUUUUAAAGAAGAGGCAAAGUUUGCACAGCACAUGAAAAGGGGUGAAGCAGUGAGUGAGUUUGCAAUGACAAAAACUCUUGGACAGCAACGGCAGUAUCUCCCGAUUUAUUCAGUGCGGGAUGAGUUAUUGCAGGUUAUCCGUGAGAAUCAGGUGGUGGUCGUUGUGGGAGAGACUGGUUCAGGGAAAACAACUCAACUAACACAGUAUCUGCAUGAAGAUGGAUACACUGUGAACGGCAUCGUUGGCUGUACCCAACCAAGGCGUGUUGCAGCAAUGAGUGUGGCAAAGAGAGUGAGUGAAGAGAUGGAAACUGAGUUGGGCAAGAAAGUGGGGUAUGCUAUUCGUUUUGAGGAUGUGACUGGGCCAAACACAGUAAUUAAGUACAUGACGGAUGGAGUGCUUCUGCGUGAAACACUGAAAGAUUCUGACCUUGAUAAGUACCGGGUAGUCGUGAUGGAUGAAGCACAUGAGAGAUCACUGAGCACUGAUGUUCUCUUUGGGAUAUUAAAAAAGGUGGUUGCUCGCCGUCGUGAUUUUAAGCUCAUCGUUACAUCUGCUACUCUGAAUGCACAAAAAUUUUCGAACUUCUUUGGCAGCGUACCAAUUUUUCACAUACCUGGAAGGACAUUUCCAGUCAACAUCUUGUGGAGUAAAACCCCAUGUGAAGAUUAUGUUGAAGCUGCAGUGAAGCAGGCUAUGGCCAUCCAUAUUACCAGUCCUCCAGGCGACAUCCUCAUCUUCAUGACUGGCCAAGAUGAAAUCGAAACAGCGUGCUAUGCUCUAGCAGAACGCAUGGAACAGCUUGUAUCCUCCACGAAACAAGGUGUUGGUAAGCUCUUGAUUCUUCCCAUCUACUCUCAACUGCCGGCUGAUUUGCAAGCAAAGAUAUUCCAAAAGGCUGAAGAUGGGGCUCGCAAGUGCAUCGUGGCCACCAACAUUGCCGAGACUUCUUUGACGGUAGAUGGAAUAUAUUUCGUCAUAGACACAGGCUAUGGUAAGAUGAAAGUAUACAAUCCCAAAAUGGGUAUGGAUGCACUCCAAGUGUUCCCAGUGAGCCGUGCCGCUGCAGACCAGCGUGCUGGUCGUGCAGGCAGAACAGGACCGGGCACAUGUUAUCGACUUUACACAGAGAGUGCAUAUUUGAAUGAAAUGCUCCCAAGUCCUGUGCCAGAAAUCCAGAGGACCAACCUUGGGAAUGUGGUCUUAUUGCUCAAGUCCCUUAAAGUCGAGAACCUGCUAGAUUUUGAUUUCAUGGACCCACCUCCGCAGGAUAACAUUCUCAAUUCGAUGUACCAAUUGUGGGUGUUAGGUGCACUUAACAAUGUUGGAGGGUUAACGGAUCUUGGUUGGAAAAUGGUGGAGUUCCCAUUGGAUCCUCCUCUUGCAAAGAUGCUCUUGAUGGGCGAGCAGUUAGGUUGCCUAGAUGAGGUUUUGACAAUUGUCUCGAUGCUGUCGGUGCCAUCUGUAUUUUUCCGGCCAAAAGAUAGAGCGGAGGAGAGCGAUGCUGCAAGGGAGAAGUUUUUCGUCCCGGAAUCUGACCAUUUGACACUGUACAAUGUCUAUCAGCAGUGGAAAAGUAAACAGUACAGAGGAGAUUGGUGUAACGAUCACUUUUUGCAUGUCAAGGGCUUGCGGAAGGCUCGAGAAGUGAGAUCCCAACUGCUGGAUAUUCUCAAGACAUUGAAAAUCCCAUUAACUUCGAGCUGGCCCGACACAGAUGUCGUGAGGAAAGCCAUCUGUUCUGCAUACUUCCACAAUGCAGCGCGACUGAAGGGUGUUGGUGAAUACGUGAAUUGCCGGAACGGGAUGCCCUGCCAUUUGCACCCGAGCAGCGCUCUUUAUGGCAUGGGACAGACGCCUGAGUAUGUGGUCUACCACGAGCUGGUUCUGACAGCGAAAGAGUACAUGCAAUGCGCCACCGCUGUGGAGCCACAGUGGUUGGCCGAACUGGGUCCCAUGUUCUUCUCCGUUAAGGACUCGGACACAUCUCUGCUGGAGCACAAGAAGAAGCAGAAGGAAGAGAAGACGGCCAUGGAGGAAGAGAUGGAGAACCUGAGGAGAUCGCAGGCUGAUGCAGAGAUAGAAAACAAAGCAAAGGAUAAGGAGAAGAGGGCGAAGCAACAGCAGCAAGUCUCAUUGCCUGGGUUGAAGCAGGGUACUUCUACUUACCUCAGACCAAAGAAGUUUGGUUUAUAACUGUACAUAUCGCUGUAUCAUAUAGUAUUUAAUGUGACCUGCAAUUGUCAUCGGAAAAGCCAAUAAUUUGGUAAUUACAAAAGUUGAGAUCUAUUUCCAACCGACAUUUCUGAGAAUUAUUAAACAAGGAUAUUCCCCGACCGUUGGCAUGAUAUUUCAU